UUCCCUAACUGCAUUUCCCGCUUAAAUAUUUUCUUUAUGGCAAUUUUGGUUAAUAUUCCGUUAAGCUUUACAUUCCCCGACGCACUUCUAUGUCAAUUAGCGUUUAAAUUCGCAUUUCGACUUGGCCAUAAGCUACGCUCCCCUCCAAAAAGGCCACUUGCCAUCCCCCAUUUUCGAUUUUUUUCUCCCCGCCUGAAAGUAUUCCACCUGGCUGGCUGUGCGGAUGAAAGUGGGUUAGUCACAUAUUUGAGCUGGCACAGGGACAGACGCCAGCUGCACAAACUGACCCACAUCCUGGCUGUGUGGCUAUAUAGCUAUAUGGCUACAUGGAAGCUUUAUCCACUUUAGCUUCCCCUUAAUUAGUACUUCGUCGGUCAUCGCUGAAACCGCUGUUAUUUUGGGCGAGAGAUAAUGGAAUGGAAACUGCUGCUGAUAGUCCUGCCCUGGCUGCUCGUCUGCAAAAUUUUUUAUAAGGUCGAGGACUUUACGGAGCCUGAUGUCGUUUACCAAAGCAUUGACUAUCAUCCCGAGGACUACAUCGACUCCUUCACCGAUUUCCAGAAGCAUGACUACUUUCAGUAUUGAGAGUAUGCUAGUGUUACCUUUUUGUUUAUAUUUUUUUGUUUGUUAAAAAGUCUUGAAGAAAGCGUUGUGUUUGUUGAAUAUUAAUUCUCCGCAUAUAUAAUUUUAUCUGUAAUAAACUUAUGAGCAAAAUUGGAACGUCAUGUUGAAAAACAUGAUCUUGCUCAAGUUUGGGUUGCAUUUAUCUGUGUGAUCAAA